AAAACUGGGAAAUAUCCCGCCAUUGAAGUCCGCGGUUAUCGCUACUGCAAUUCUGAAGAAGGCUCUCACUUCUUCUUCCUCCGGUUUCUGCCGCCACAACCGCCGAGCUCUCGCCGUCGGUCACCUCCCGCUGGCUCUCUCUCGCUUUUCGUGAAGCGAGUUCCUAUUAAGGAACCACACUCGCUCACUGGCUAAGAAUAGUAUGAAGUUGUAGCAGGAGUCCAAUCAGUGCGAGUUGCUGUACGUUCCUAAUGAGCAGUGAGAGACAUAUGAAUCUGAAUCUAAGCAACUCAGGCAAUGGUUUAAGGGGUAAGGAGAAUCAGCUGCCUAGAGUGAAUUGGUCCCAGCAUGCAAAGGCAUACGACAAAUCAUCAGCACCGAGGGAAGUUUUGAGCUCGAGUUUCCUGUAUUCUUUAGAAUCUCAGAAACCUCAAGUUGGAGUAGAAAUGGCUGGAAGGCUAGCCUCUUGUCAAGUUCAAACUGUGCACAGACAGCUCAGUCCACAAGUUGAAAAGGCUUGGCUGGCUCUUUCGAAACUUCAUAUAUCUAGCAGGAGUUACAGUAGACCUGGGAAAACUGGUGCGCUGAAGAAUGUGCAAAGUAGUCAGGGAUAUGCUACUGUUUUGCAGAGCUCAUCUACCGUUCCUAAAUAUAAUGAAGGUGUGGCUGCACAUCAGAACUUUUCCUCGACCCAGUGUACCAAGUGGUGAAACUACAGAGCAUACACGGUUCUUAUUUGGUUAAGUCACAAAUCUGUUACUAAAUUCCAUUCUACAUGCUUAUCCAUGCUAUUGGCUAGACUGCAUUUCCUUCUUCAAUGGAUGUUCAUUUACCAUUUUCAUUCAUUUCCCUUUUCUGCAUUGACAUGGUUUCAGAGCAUUGAUGUUGAUCAAAUAGCUACGAAACACUGCCAUUCUAGUUGCACACCUCAACAUUCAGUUUCUAAGUUUCAACCAAUAACUCCCUCCGUGAAUAAAGAUAACAUCACUAGGCCAGAAGACACAUUUCUACCACCUGAGUUAUCGUCAAACUGCAGUCAUGGAGUUCAGCUAGGACUUUGUCCACAUGCAACUACUCAUAGGCAGGAGAUAAAGGACAUGUUGCUCAACAUAUCAAACGAAUUACUUGAUAACGCAAACCUUCAUCCUGUAGAGAUGGAUAAGCUUCGUCAAGAUAGGUUGAAACUUAAUAGACAGCUCCAGCAACUUGAGGGGUACAUUAAUAAUCAGGAGAGACAAAAAUCAAAUCUUUCUGCAUCCACUACGACAUGCAACCACCCAUAUGAAACACCUCAGAUGUCAGCCUUCAAAAUGCAGCCACAUGAUUAUGUACAUAAUGAAUUGGGUGCAAGAGAGUAUGAAAAUUGGAACUCUCAUCUCUUCCAUUCACCCCCAUGGAUGGAUUUGGUGUUUCAUAUACUCCCGUAGAGAGGGAGCCUUACAUACCAAAGUUUGUAGAGGUGAACUACAGUGACGGCUCAAAUGACCCAAAGUGGAGCAGUUCGAAUUUCCCCUGGGAAAAAAAACUGGAGGAAAACAACAAGAAAGUUUUUGGAAAUCAUUCUUUUCGCCCCAAUCAAAGGGAAGUCAUUAAUGCCACAAUGAGUGGAUAUGAUGUCUUUGUUCUUAUGCCUACUGGAGGUGGAAAGAGUUUGACAUAUCAGCUUCCUGCUUUGAUCUGUCCAGGGAUAACACUAGUAAUAUCUCCACUCGUAUCACUUAUCCAAGAUCAGAUAAUGCAUCUUUUGCAGCAGGCAAACAUACCUGCUGCUUAUUUGAGUGCCAAUAUGGACUGGUCUGAACAGCAGGAGAUCUUGAGAGAACUUUGCUCUGAUUACUGUAGAUACAAACUGUUAUAUGUCACGCCAGAAAAAGUUGCAAAAAGUGAUGCUCUUUUGCGCAACCUGGAGAGCUUAAAUGCUCGUGGAAUGCUUGCGAGGAUCGUAAUUGAUGAAGCUCAUUGUGUGAGUCAGUGGGGACAUGACUUUAGACCAGAUUACAAGGAACUUGGAAUCCUGAAAAAGAAGUUUGAGAAAACUCCAGUUUUAGCUUUAACUGCUACUGCAACAGCUAGUGUGAAAGAAGAUGUUGUGCAAGCGCUUGGUCUUGUUAAUUGCAUUAUUUUCCGUCAAAGUUUCAAUAGACCAAAUCUAUGGUAUGCCGUGAUCCCCAAGACAAAGAAGUGUUUGGAUGACAUCGACACAUUCAUUAAGGAAAACCAUUUUGAUGAAUGUGGAAUUAUUUACUGUCUUUCAAGGAAUGACUGUGAAAAAGUAGCUGAAAAGUUGCAGGAGCAAUGUGGACAUAAAGCGGCAUUUUAUCAUGGUAAUAUGGAGGCUACUCAACGCGCUUUUGUCCAGAGACAGUGGAGCAAAGAUGAAGUUAAUAUAAUUUGUGCCACAGUGGCAUUUGGAAUGGGUAUCAAUAAACCUGACGUUCGCUUUGUGAUUCAUCAUUCUCUCCCAAAAUCCAUUGAAGGUUACCAUCAGGAAUGUGGACGUGCUGGUCGAGAUGGUGCCCGCUCUUCUUGUGUGUUGUACUACAGCUACAGUGAUUAUAUAAGGGUGAAGCAUAUGCUUGUACAAGGACAGGGAGAGCAAAGUUCCUGGACAUCUGGCUAUAAUCGCGGAAACACGGCAAAUUCAGAUGGGAUAUUUGAGAAAAAUACGGAAAAUCUCCUCGAACAGGUGAGCUAUUGUGAAAACAACGUUGAUUGUAGACGUUUCCUACAGCUUGUGCAUUUUGGGGAGAAGUUUGAUUCUGGGAACUGCAGGAAAACAUGUGAUAACUGUGCAAAGAUGAAAACCUUGGUGGAGAAGGAUGUCACCGUGAUAGCAAAGCAAUUGGUUGAACUGGUAAAAAUGACAGGACAGAAAUAUUCGUCUUCUCAUAUUCUGGAAGUCUACAGGGGUUCUAUGAGUCAAGUGGUUAAGAAACAUAGACAUGAGUCUGUGAGUCUACAUGGAGCUGGAAAACAUCUGGCGAAAGAAGAGGCUUCUCGUAUAUUGCGCCAUCUUGUUAUCAAGGACUAUCUUACCGAGGAAGUGAAGAAAAGUGAUGUCUAUGGAUCUGUUUCAUCAGUGCUAAAGGUGAAUGCAAGUAAAACUUCGGAUUUAUACUCUGGCAAGCAAAUCCUGCUAAGGUUCAUUUCACCUGCAAAAGCAUCUAAAGUAUCCAAAUCUGAUGCCACUCCAGCAAAAGGAAUAUUGCAGCCUUACAACAAGCUAAGUCCACCAGUCGACACUCCGGCAUCUGCUGCACCUAAAAUCAACGUGGAGCUAUCUACCAAAGUAUACUCUGCUUUACGACUGCUUCGGACUAAGCUCGUUAAAGAAGCUGGCGAGGGGUGUAAUGCAUACCAUAUAUUUGCGAAUGUGACACUCGAGCUCAUAAGCAGAAGCCUUCCCAGAACCAAGGAAGAGCUCCUGGAGGUCAAUGGAAUUGGAAACAUUAAGAUAACAAAGUACGGGGAUCGGGUACUGGAAACCAUAGCAGCCACAAUCAGAGACUUCUACAGCAAGGAUGGAAGUGGGAGCAGUAGCAACAGCACUGAUUCGGGUAAGAGGAGGAGGAACCGUGCUACUGCUGCUGCUGAAAACGGCGAUGGCUGUGGCAUGGAGAACGACGACGACGAGGAUGACUUCAUCGUGAGAAGCACAGGUCGGUCGAAGAAGAGGUUGGCAAAGAAGCAGCAGGAGAACAGCAACAAUGGCGUUGGUGUUUGUAAUGAUAAUUGGAAUGGAUUCACACUUCCUCCCCAGGAAUGCCUGGAUGAUGAGGAUCUAGCUUAUUUAUGUCACUAACGGAAAAGUCAUUUGAAUUUUGAUUUUUACCGAAAUUAUUGUGCUUACAAUAAUUAAAUAAAUUAUUAUUCUGGCCUAAAGAAAAUUACUUCUUUGACUGCGUGCGAAGUGCGAACAAACUCACGGAGUUGCAAUGAGAU